AUGUUGACCAUAAUAAGUGUUGACCAUGAUAAUGGUCAUCAUGAUUAUGUUAACCAUGAGAAUGUUGACCAUGAUAAUGUUGACCAUGAGAAUAUUGACCAUUAUUAUGUAAACAAUGAGAAUGUUGACCACGAUAAUGUUGAUCAUGAGAAUGUUACCGAUGAUAAUGUUGACCCUGAUAAUGUUGACCAUGAUAAUGUUGACCAUAAGAAUGUUGACCAUAAUAAUGUUGACCAUGAUAAUGUUGACAAUGAUAAUGUUGACAAUGAAAAUGUUGACCAUGAAAGUGUUGACCAUGAUAAUGUUGACAAUGAAAAUGUUGACCAUGAAAGUGUUGACCAUGAUAAUGUUGACCAUGAUAAUGUUGACAAUGAAAAUGUUGACCAUGAAAGUGUUGACCAUGAUAAUGUUGACCAUGAUAAUGUUGACAAUGAUAAUGUUGACAAUGAAAAUGUUGACCAUGAAAGUGUUGACCAUGAUAAUGUUGACCAUGAUAAUGUUGACAAUGAUAAUGUUGAUCAUGAAAGUGUUGACCAUAGUAAUGUUGACCAUGAGAAUGUUAACAAUAUUUAUGUUGACCAUGAGAAUGUUAACCAUGAGAAAGUUGACCAUGAGAAUGUUGACCAUGAAAAUGUUGGCCAUGAUAAUGUUAACCAUGAGAAUGUUGACAAUGAGAAAGUUGACCAUGAGAAUGUUGACCAUGAAAAUGUUGGCCAUGAUAAUGUUGACUAUGAGAAUGUUGACCAUGAUAAUAAUGAUGACCAAAGUAUUGUUGACCAAAGUAUUGUUGACCAUGAGAAGGGUAACCAUAGUAAUGUUGACCGUGAUAAUGUUGACCAUGAGAAUGUUGACAAUGAUAAUGUUGACCAUGAAAAUGUUGACCAGGAUAAUGUUGAACAUGAGAAUGUUGACCAUGAUAAUCUUGACUAUGAUAAUAUUGACCAUAGUAAUGUUGACCCUGAUAAUGUUGACCAUGAUUAUAUUAACAAUGAGAAUGUUGAGCAUGAUAAUGUUGACCAUGAUUAUGUUAAUGAGAAUGUUGACCCUGAUAAUGUUGACUAUGAUUAUGUUAACCAUGAGAAGGUUGACCAUGAGAAUGUUGGCCAUGAUUAUGUUAACCAUGCGAGUGUUACAAAUGUUGACCAUAAAAAUGUUGACCAUGAUUAUGUUAACAAUGCAAAAGUUAACCAUGAGAAUGUUGUCCAUGAUAAUGUUGACCAUGAUUAUGCUAACGAUGAUAAUGUUGACCAUGAUAAUGUUAACCAUAGUAAUGUUGACCAUAGUAAUGAUGAUCAUGAUAAUGUUGACCAUGAUAAUGUUAUCCAUUUUAAUGUUGACCAUAGUAAUGUUGACCAUGAUAAUAUUGACCACGAUAAUGUUAACCAUACGAAUGCUAACCAUGAGAAUGUUGACCAUGAUAAUGUUGACCAUGAUUAUGUUAACAAUGAGAAUGUUAACUACAGUAAUGUUGACCAUGAUAAUGGUGACCAUGAGAAUGUUGACCAUGAAAAUGUUGAUCAUGAGAAUGUUGACUAUGAGAAUGCUGACCAUGAGAAUGUUAUCCAUAGUAAUGUUGACCUUGAUAAUGUUGACCAUGAGAAUGUUUACCAUAGUAAGGUUGACCAUGAGAAUGUUAACCAUAGUAAUAUUAACCAUACUAAUGUUCACCAUGAUAAUGUUGACCAUGAGAAUGUUGACCAUGAGAAUGUUAACCAUGAGAAUGUUGGCCAUGAUAAUGUUGACCAUGAGAAUGUUGACCAUGAGAAUGUUGGCCGUGAUAACGUUGACCAUAAUAAUGUUUACCAUGAUAAUGUUCACGAUAGUAAUGUUGACUAUGAUAAUGUUGACCAUGGUCGGUUCCCACAGACCAUGUAUGUAGACCAAGCUGAUGCAGACCAUCCUACAGUAGACCAUCCUUCAGUAGACCAUCCUACAGUACACCAUCCUACAGUAGACCAUCCUACAGUAGACUAUCCAACAGUAGACCAUCCUACAGUAGACCAUCCUACAGUAGACCAUCCUAUAGUAGACCAUCCUACAGUAGACCAUCCUACAGUAGACCAUCCUACAGUAGACCAUCCAACAGUAGACCAUCCUACAGUAGACCAUCCUACAAUAGACCAUCCUUCAGUAGACCAUCCUACAGUAGACCAUCCUACAGUAGACCAUCCUACAGUAGACCAUCCUACAGUAGACCAUCCAACAGUAGACCAUCCUACAGUAGACCAUCCUACAAUAGACCAUCCUUCAGUAGACCAUCCUACAGUAGACCAUCCUUCAGUAGACCAUCCUACAGUACACCAUCCUACAGUAGACCAUCCUACAGUAGACUAUCCAACAGUAGACCAUCCUACAGUACACCAUCCUUCAGUAGACCAUCCUACAGUAGACCAAGCUGGAGUAGACCAUCCUACAGUAGACCAUCCUUCAGUAGACCAUCCUACAGUAGACCUUCCUACAGUAGACCAUCCUACAGUAGACCAUCCUUCAGUAGACCAUCCUACAUUACACCAUCCUUUAGUAGACCAUCCUACAGUAUACCAUCCGCUAGUAGACCAUCCUACAGUAGACCAUCCUACAGUACACCAUCCUACAGUAGACCAUCCUUCAGUAGACAAUCCUACAGUAGACCAUCCAACAGUAAACCAUCUUACAGUAGACCAUCCAACAGUAGACCAUCCUUCAGUAGACCAUCCUACAGUAGACCAUCCUACAGUACCCCAUCCUACAGAACACUAUCCUACAGUAGGCCAUCCUUCAGUAGACCAUCCUACAGUAGACUAUCCAACAGUAGACCAUCCUACAGUACACCAUCCUACAGUAGACCAUCCUACAGUAGAUCAUCCUACAGUACACCAUCCUACAGUAGACCAUCCUUCAGUAGACCAUCCUACAGUAGACUAUCCAACAGUAGACCAUCCUACAGUACACCAUCCUACAGUAUAUCAUCCUACAGUAGAUCAUCCUACAGUACACCAUCCUACAGUAGACCAUCCUACUGUAGACCAAGCUGGAGUAGACCAUCCUACAGUAGACCAUCCUUCAGUAGACCAUCCUUCAGUAGACCAUCGUACAGUAGACCAUCCUACUGUAGACCAAGGUGGUGUAGACCAUCCUACAGUAGAUCAUCCUUCAGUAGAUCAUCCUACAGUAGACCAUCUUACAGUAGACCAUACAACAGUAGACCAUCCUACAGAACACCAUCCUACAGUAGACCAAGCUGGUGUAGACCAUCCUACAGUAGACCAUCCUACAGUAGACCAAGCUGGAGUAGACCAUCCUACGGUAGACCAAGCUGGUGCAGACCAUCCUACAGUAGACCAUCCUACAGUAUACCAUCCUACAGUAGACCAUCCUACAGUAGACCAUCCUACAGUAGACCAUCCUACAGUAGACUUUCCUAUAGUAGAUCAUCCUACAGAACACCAUCCUACAGUAGACCAAUCUGGUGUAGACCAGAUGUAUGGGGGCCACAUGUCCACAUGUAUGAGGCCACAUGUCCACAUGUAUGGGGCCACAUGUCCACAUGUGAGCCACAAGACCCCGGGAAGGGAGGUGGUCGCAAUCACAGGUGGCCGCAGUGUGCAGGUGUCUCUCCAGUACAUUGUUGUUACUGGAACAUGUGUUGCUGCUGGCAGCCACACACCUGUGGAAGAGACAGCUGUGGAAGAGACAGCUGUGGAAGACACACCUGUGGAAGAGACAGCUGUGGAAGAGACAGGUGUGGACGAAAGCGCCAAGCCGCUGCAACAUGCAACCAAUAAGAGAGACUGCACAAAGCUGCACACAUCUCCCACUCCCCUGGAGCUGAUCCACAGUUCUUCAUGA